AUGAAGGUCAUCGUCACAGCCUUGGCACGCGUGAACUGCGUCGACGCCAAGACCAUGAGUCGCUUCUGCGACGGGGUGGUGCCCACCUUGCCGGAGGCCACACCCUUGGAGUUGGCCCGACUCAUGUACGCCUGCAUGAGCGUCUCCUGCCACGCGCACGACUUGUUCACCGCUUGUGUGUUGCAUAACCGCGAGAAGGCGUCUUCCAUGGAUCCCACCGCGCUGUCGAAUGCCGCCUAUGCCUUUGGCCAGUGCUUCGAGGUUGCAGAAGUGUCGCACCUGCGCUAUUUGCAGAAGAUCUUCCGUCACUUGCGCCUUGCUUCGGUGGCCAGCUUGCCGCUGUUCCUGCCGCGGGAGAUCGUGGGACUUCUAAAGACUUACGCCCGUUGGCAGAUCACCUUCGACUGUGGCCAGUUGUGCAAGGUGGCAGAUCGAAUGUUGGCCUGCAAAAAGCACUUUGACAUGGAGACCACGGUGAAUGGCUUGCACUGCUUAGCCCUGCUGAUGCAGCGGAAUGCAGUGCGCGGAGAAAGUGGCUCCAGUCAGGCUGCAUGGGAGGCCGUGUCGCGCGCCGCUGGGGCCUUGUUGAUACCUGUGUGGUCGGGCGUGCAGAACGAACUGGAUGUGGCAAGUAUCCUCAAAGCCGUGGAAGCAGCGGUGGUGCUCCAGGCCGACGGCACUGCGCUGCAGUCGGCGGUGCGGCAGCUGCUGUUGCUGCGGCCGAAGGACUUGGACGCGCCCGCGUGCCUUGCGCUGCAAGAACAGCUCAGUUUGAUGGGCGUUCACCCAGAGGAAGAUUUGAUGCUGGCGCUUGCUGACAUGAGGGGCGAUGUCACGUUGUACUCAUACUAG